CAAACAAUGAAGAAAAACCAGACAAUCGUGAAGGAGUUCAUCUUUGUUGGCUUUUCUGUUUACCCCGAUGUACAGAUAUUACUAUUUGUGAUCUGCUUUUGCCUCUACCUUCUCACCCUCAUGGGUAAUCUGACCAUCAUGGGUCUGACCUGGGUGGACAGAGCCCUCCACACCCCUAUGUACAUCUUCCUGAGUGCACUCUCCUUUUCUGAGAACUGCUACACAUUGAGCAUCAUCCCCAGAAUCCUGGCAGAUCUACUAACCACAGGCAGAAGCAUCUCUGUCAUAGGUUGUGGCUUGCAGAUGUGUUUCUUCUUGGGACUUGGGGGCACCAGCUGCAUCAUCCUCACUUUAAUGGGGUAUGAUCACUUUCUGGUCAUCUGCCACCCUCUCAGAUACCCACAGCUUAUGACCAACAUACUAUGUGGACAACUUGUGACCUUUGCUUGGGCUGGAGGCUUCUUUGUCUCUCUGAUAGAGACAGCACUGAUAUUCAGAGACUUUUUCUGCAGCCCCAACCUUGUGAAACAUUUCUUUUGCCAUAUGCGGGUAGUGCUGAGAUUGUCCUAUUUAGACAGUAAUCUCACAGAAUUCAUUGUAACAUUGAUUUCAGUAUCAUGUUUGCUGAGUACCUUCCUACUCAUUAUCUCUUAUGUCUUCAUUCUUUCCACUAUCCUAAGGAUCCUUUCAGCUGAGUGUAAGCAGAAGGCAUUUUCCACCUGUGCCUCCCACCUCACAGUGGUCAUAAUCCAUUUUGGUUUUGCAUCUAUUGUUUACCUGAAGCCAGAGGCUUCAGGAGAAGAUGACACACUCAUACCUGUCCCUUACACUGUUAUUACUCCUUUCCUCAGCCCCUUCAUUUUUAGCCUCAGGAAUAAGGACAUGAAGAAUGCUUUUAGAAAAGUGCUGGGAAAGAUAGUAACCUAG